GCUAUCUUUCUCUUCUCCAUAUGCCAUCCUUCUGGUUGGGCUCAGUGACCUCCAUCUUUAGGAAGAAUUAGGGUUUCAUAGGAUAGGAUGAAGAAGCAAAAAAUGAGUAUAAAAAGAGGGGAACAAACUUGCAGUAGCUCUACUACAUCAUCUUGCAUGAUGAGGAGGAGUGUCAGAUACGGGGAGUGCCAAAAAAAUCACGCUGCUAAUAUAGGAGGAUAUGCAGUGGAUGGGUGCAGAGAGUUCAUGGCUGGUGGAGAGGAAGGAACCAUUGCUGCGCUUAGAUGUGCUGCCUGCGGCUGCCACAGAAAUUUUCACAGAAGGGAAGUAGAGACUGAGGUAGUGUGUGAGUGUUCUUCACCUCUUUCCAAUGGAAGUUGAAGUAAGAGAAAACCAUGCAUGUUGAAGUUUGUUCUGCUAGUGAUCGAUGAAAUUAAAAAAAAAAAAAAAAAAGAGUUCUGAUCUAGUGAUGAAAUUUGCCUGUAUUUCUUGUUUUUGUUGUCUACCUCAUAUAUGUAUCAUCAGAUUAAUGUUGCAAUGAGAUUGCAAGAGAAGAAACUGAUGAAA